AUGACUUCUUCUGGAACUAAUACCACAUACAAAUUUACAUCCAACUUACCUUCUCCUCCCUUGCCUCGAAAUUCCCCGCCUUUCGUCGCUCCUCCGUUAGCCCCGCAAGUAGUACUCCCUAAACUCGAACCCGAGUCCGUUCAUUUUUCCGACGACUACCCCCUUCUAGAACCUUCUUCUUCUUCAUCGUCAACCGUCGGCUUACAGAAAGUUACAAUCAAAGCCGUACCCGAGCGCGAACCCGUCGCCGCUUCGGAGUCCGUGCCUCAAUUCACGGUCCUAAUUGGGCUGAAGGCGCCUCCGUUGUCGGAGGAUUUCCGUGCCCCGAUCGACCUUGUUACGGUUCUCGAUAUUAGCGGCAGCAUGACCGGAGCGAAGCUAAGUCUCGUAAAGCAAGCCAUGCAUUUCGUGAUCGAUCAGUUGGGGUCGCGCGACAGGCUCUCGGUGGUGUCUUUCUCCGAUCAUGCCAAGAGGAUAUUCCGCCUGCGCGGAAUGACGGAGAGCGGCAAGAGAGACGCUAAGUUUGCCGUCGAUACGCUGUGGGCGAUUGGCGGCACGAAUAUAGUCGAGGGCCUCAAGAAGGGAGUGCGCGUUCUCGGAGAACGGCGGUACAAGAAUCCCGUCUCGAGCAUCGUGUUCUUGUCCGAUGGAUGCGACUCUCACAACCGCUCGUAUUUUUCGCAACUGCCUCCUUCGAUUUACCCCGUAGGAAAUAACGGCGGAUGGCCCCGUGAGAAGGCGGAGACUGUUAUUCCAGUCCACUCGUUCGGUUUCGGCACGGACCACGAUGCCGUUACAAUGCACGCGGUUUCCGAUGCGUCGGGCGGUACUUUCUCCUUCAUCGAGUCUUACGAAAUGGUGCAGGGCGCUUUCGCGAGCUGCAUCGGCGGUCUAUUGAGCGUGGUUACUCUAGGGCUCCGCCUGACGCUGAGGUCAGCGUCGGACGGAGUGGUGAUGAAAUCGAUACCUUCCGGAAGGUACAAGAGCGAAAUCGCCGAGCAAGGAUCCAAAGCCACGAUCAACGUAGGCGACCUCUACGCGGACGAAGAGAAGGAAUUCUUGAUCAACUUGUCGGUCCCAAGGGAAGAAACCGGGGGGACCACGUCGCUUUUGGACAUUGCGUGUUCUUACAAGGAUGUCAUGUCGAACGAGGCGGUGGAGAUCGAGAGCGCCGAGUUAAGACGUUCAAAGACCGUUUCGCCCUCGGAUUCGAAGGUGAAGUUGGAGGUCGAUCGGCAGAGGAAUCGUCUACGUGCGGCGGAGAGCAUUGCGGAGGCUCAAAUAAAGGCGGAAACGGGGGAUCUAAUGGGGGCACGGGAUCUACUAGCCAAGGGUAGAACGGACAUUGUCGCAUCUUCGUCGGCUCAAGCGGGGGACGAUAUGUGCGUGUGGCUCGAAGAAGAUAUUAAAGAGACGGAGAGAAGAAUGGGGAGUGUGCAACAAUAUCAACAAGAGGGACGAGCAUAUGCACUCUCCGGUAUAAGCUCGCAUGGUGCACAAAGGGCGACGACGAGAGGGAAAAAAGUGGCCGGAGCGGCACUCGUCGAGAGAUCGAGCGGAGGCGGCGGUUACGGUGGUAGGUAUAAUCCGUAUUCGACUCGAAGUAUGGCUCUUAUGGUUGUCAAGUCUGAGCAACUUGAGAUAGAUGUACCUAUUAUUAAGAAGGAGGAGAAUUAG